GACCCAGAAACACCUCCACAUAAAGGAGGAACUGGAGGAGCUCUGGACCAGUCUGGAGGGAGAGCAUCUCUGUUUGAAGGAGGAGACUGAAGCUGUCGGGUUUCCUGUUACUGCUGUUUCUAUAAAGAGUGAGGAUGAUGAAGAGAAACCUCUGGUCUCACAGCUUCAUCAGCAGCAAAUAGAAGACAGAGAUGUUCCAACCAGCAGCUCAGCUGACCAGAUGGCAGCAGAAACUGGUGGAGGAGCAGGAACUAGCAGGAACCCAGAUCUGAACCCUCAUGAACAAACAUCUGAUUCUUCAGAGACUGAAGUUAGUGGAGAUGAUGAUGAUGAUGGUGUGAAUCUGGACUCUGAGCUGUCAGACUCUGGGUCUGAAACUGGAGAUGAUGAUGAUGACUGGAAUGAGAGCAGGUCUUCUGAGUCAGAUGUUUCAAGGAAGAGAGAAGAGACGGAUGAGAAACCUCUGCUCUUACAUUUCCACAACCAUCAAAUGAAAGACGGAGGUGUCCCAACCAGCAGCUUGGCUGGACAGAUGACAGCUAAAGGUGGUGGAGGAGCAGAAACUAGCAAGAACCUAGAUCUGGAUCCUAAUGAAAAUACAUCCAAUUCUUCAGAGAUUGAAGUUAGUGGAGAAGAUGAUGAUUUGAAUCUAGACUCUGAGCGUUCAGACUCUGGGCCUGAAACUGGAAGUGGAGACCAUGGCUGUAAUGAGAACGAGUCUUCGGAGUCAGAUAUUAAGACCGUCAACAAAUCAUUUAGCUGCCCUGUGUGUGGUAUACGGUUCCUCCACAAGUGGUCUCUUCAGGAACAUGUGAGAGUGACAAGUCAUUCAGCAGUAAAGUCUUCAGAGUGUUCGAUUAAUACAAAAUGUGUGAAAGAGAAGCAACAUGGAGGCUCAUGCAGAAAAGUCCAGAAACAACCAAAAUCAUUUAGUUGUGAGGACUGUGGGAAAAGAUUUAGCCUGAAGUCCAGUUUAACACGUCAUAUGAAAGGCCACACCGGGCAGAAGCCUUUUGCCUGUGAGCUCUGUGGGCAAAGAUUUAGCCAUAAAAAUGGUUUAAACACACACAUGAGAGUCCACACAGGAGAGAAGCCUUUUGCCUGUGAGCUCUGUGGAUACAGAUGUACCCAAAAGGCCAGUUUAAACUAUCACAUGAAAGUCCACACUGGAGAGAAGCCUUUUGCCUGUGAGCUCUGUGUACAAAGAUUUAGCCAUAAACAUAGUUUAAGCACACACAUGAAAGUCCACACAGGAGAGAAGUCUUUUGCCUGUGAGCUCUGUGGACAAAGAUUUAGCCAGAAAAAUAAUUUAAACACACACAUGAAAGUCCACACAGGAGAGAAGCCUUUUGCCUGUGAGCUCUGUGGAUAUAGAUGUACCCAAAAGUCAGAUUUAAACAGACACAUGAGAGUCCACACAGGAGAGAUGCCUUUUGUCUGUGAGCUCUGUGGACAAAAAUUUAGCCAGAAAAAUAAUUUAAACACACACAUGAAAGUCCACACAGGAGAGAAGCCUUUUGCCUGUGAACUCUGUGGAUACAGAUUUGCCAAAAAGUCACAUUUAAACGAUCACUUGAAAGUCCACACUGGAGAGAAGCCUUUUGCAUGUGAGCUCUGUGGGAAAAGAUUUAGCCAGAAAAAUACUUUAAACACACACAUGAGAGUCCAUACAGGAGAGAAGCCUUUUGCCUGUGAGCUCUGUGGAUACAGAUGUACCCAAAAGGCAAGUUUAAACGAUCACAUGAAAGUCCACACAGGAGAGAAGCCUUUUGCAUGUGAGCUCUGUGGGAAAAGAUUUAGCCAUAAAAACAGUUUCAAUGACCACAUGAGAGUCCACACAGGAGAGAAGCCUUUUGCCUGUGAGCUCUGUGGACAAAGAUUUAGCCAUAAAAAUAAUUUAAACACACACAUGAAAGUCCACACAGGAGAGAAGCCUUUUGCCUGUGAGCUCUGUGGAUACAGAUGUACCAAAAAGUCACAUUUAAAUGAUCACAUGAAAGUCCACACAGGAGAGAAGCCUUUUGCAUGUGAGCUCUGUGGAUACAGAUGUACCAAAAAGUCACAUUUAAACACACACAUGAGAGUUCACACAGGGGAUAAGCCUUUUGCCUGUGAGCUCUGUGGAUACAGAUGUACCCAAAAGGCAAGUUUAAACGAUCACAUGAGAGUCCACACAGGAGAGAAACCGUUUGCAUGUGAGCUCUGUGGAUACAGAUGUACCAAAAAGUCACAUUUAAAUAAUCAUAUGAAAGUCCACACAGGAGAGGAGCCUUUUGCCUGUGAGCUCUGUGGGAAAAGAUUUACCCAUAAAAAUAGUUUAAACACACAUGAGAGUCCACACAGGAGAUAAUCAUUUGCCUGUGAGAUGUGUCGACAAAGAUUUAGCCGAAAGACAAAUUUAAAGAGACAUACGAGCAUCCACAAAAGGCUCAAGGGAUAUAUUUAACAACUGUACUUCCAAAUGUAGUAUUUAGUUUUUUACAACCUUAAUAUUACAACUAUCUUUGAUCGGUCUUUGAGCCACCUCUUCUUUUGAUUUUCAUUUUCAAAUCUCUUUUGUUUUUUAAACUCAGACCUUAACCAAACAUUUGAGAUGUUCAUUCAUGAAUUCUGAAUACAAAAAAGUAUUACUUAAAGAUUAAGAAAAAACUGUUAUACCCUCCUGUAAUUAAGAAACAGACAAGAUAACAGGCACAUGAUGUUGUAGUACAUAACCCACUGCAAUUUAAAGCUGUUAGAUACCGGUGGCAUCUGCUUUAAACAAUUUAUCUGUAUAUAAAAUAGUAGCAUACAAUGUUGUAAUAACUGCAGCUUAAAAAUAAUGUGUCUUUAUUCAUUUGUAGCCCCUAAGAAGAAAUCCCACCUUAAAAGCUGUGUAGAGACAGCUGGGACUGUUGUCAAGAAGUCAUAAAUUACAAGGCGGCUCUGUGGAGACUCCAUUCUCCUACAAUAGCAUUUUGCUAUUCUAAGCAGGCUUAGGAAUGUGCCUGUACCAGAGUUUUUAGAGAUGCUGUUGCAGAGUUAUAAGCAGUGGACAGAUGCCGGAAAGACAGAACCACUUUUGGGUGUACCGAUGCUUGUAUUAACAUGGACUAGAUUGUAAUAAACCGGUUAUCUUUUUUAUCUCAAACUUUGCCAUGAUUGAGUCAUAGCACUCCAAGAAACAGCUCGGCAUGAAAAUUAACCACAUUCCCUUUAUUUCUGAUGACACAACUAAUCACUGCUGGUGGACAAUUAAUCACAGACACUUAGCACUUCUGCAUGCAUUCUGUAUUCAGUGUGAACGAGGCUUCACGCCCUCUCAGUAGUGCAGCUUCGUGCGGUUGUCCUGUUCUGAUUUUUUUCAUGUAGUUGUGGUUUAGGCAUUUUUUUGCCAUUAUCACUGAUAAAAGCUGUGGGUUUAUUCAUUUGUGAAUUAAUUAAGCAAUACAGAUCACAGUCCAAUGUUUUUGUUUUGUUUUGAUUUUUAAGUAAGGUUCAGCAAAUGCUGUCGAAUCACUGAACGCCAUCAUCUGGGAAAUAAAAUAUUAACUGUUCCCAAGUACCGUUGUAAUGUACUUGCAUACCACUAGGCAGAAGAAAAAAUUUGUAUAUAGCAUCUCUCAAGAUACUCUCACGAGGCACAUUAUAAGAACGACAAAACUUAAAAAAAAGACAAACAAAGACCAUAAUAAAAUUACAAAAAAAGGGAAAUUUUUAGACUAAAAAUGAAUCCUGAAAAAGACGGACCUGACAGAGCCAGUAGUGUGGAAAAAAACUACCGAGGAAGAAUCAUGAACCCAUGCUUUCGUUCUUU